AUGAUCGCCAAGACAUUCGUUAUUGCUUUUAUCGCAGCGUCCUUUAUUGCAGGAUCUCAAGCCAGUCCAUGCAAGGCUAGCUCCAAAACAACCGACAUCUUGACCACGGUUGGUUUAACUACUGCUGAGAUCGCUGUCUUGACUACUGAGGUUUCUUCGGUUGAGGAUAUAACCCUCACUAUCAGUCAGACCGAGACCAGCACUGAACCGUCUGCUAUUUCAGAGGUUACCCCUAUUGCCGUCACGACAACAGCCCUGAGCUCCUCCAUCAUUGAGAGCAGUAUCGAAACAUCAACAGUCCCAGAGGAUAUCACCACUACAGCUGUCCCGACCACCACUGCUGAGGGUACCACUACUGCGGAAGCUACCACCACCACUGAAGUUGCUGUUGUGACUUCCUUCCUUACCAACGGUGGAUUCGACGACAAAAAGGAUACCACGCAACCAUGGCGGAAUUUGAACUCUGAAUUCGUUGAUUUCACCAUCGACAAUAACAUCAAGCACGAUGAAAGAAACUCUGCACGUUUAUCCUUCAAGAGCGCGGUAUCAGGCUAUAUCGCCCAGCGGCUGGGCGCACCAAUCACAGCUGGCAUCCCAUACUCUAUAUCUGCCUGGGUCCGUCCUGGAACCGGGUGUACACGCGCAACUUUGGCCUGCAAUAGCGAAUACGCAACCGUUGAAGUACAGGGAUUCGAUUUGGCUUCCACUAUAAACCAAUGGAAGCAGUUUUCAAUCACCUGUACCUGGACUCAGGACGAAAUAAACGAUGGUGGCCUGGAUCUCAUUUUUGCCUUUACCUGUGGCGAAGGCUCUGACGGCUGGGUUGAUACGAUUGCUUUCUCCGAAUCAUAG